GGACAUCUUAUUCCCUUAGCCAGGGCUGCCAGGGUGAUUUUUCCUAUUUCGGCUAGUUAGGUAGAAGCUUAAUGAUAAUAGUUGAACGCAGAGACACUGUAGCAGUGUACAAUUAUAUUACCUUUCGAACUUUUCUGUUGGCUUAGGACGACCAUGUGAUGCAGUUUGCUUGGUUGUUGUGGCUGCUGGGUCAAUGAAGCAAAAUUCAUGAAUGGCAGGCAUUUGCCUGACAGUUUAAACUAAGGAAAUUACUAAUACGGAAGUGAAAACGGUUUUAACAGUAUAAUAUCAUUUUACCUUCUUUUCAAAGCAAGGACAUUAGCGUGGUUACAGAAGACCAAAGACACAUAUGCCAUAUUUUAUGAAACGAGAAAGUUAUCUCUUUAGCUAAAUCUAGCUAGAGCUAACUGUAGUGUUUAGUAAGGAUUUAAGUGCUGUAGGACACAGAGGGAAGGACACACACUUUGCUUUUCCUCUGGGACAGCUGGGCUUCAAAUGAACUCCACAGACGAUACUGAGCCAGAAGAAACCAGCAAACCCUCAGGAAGUGCCCUGACCCUUGCUUUGACUGUAUGCUCUGCUGCCAUUGGAGGCACCUUCCAGUAUGGCUACAACAUCUCAAUCAUCAACGCUCCUACCAGCUACAUCCAGGGCUUCAUUAAUGAUACCUACAUGGAGCGCUGGGGGAUCGGCUUGGACACCCCUCAGGUGACCCUAGUGUGGACUCUUAUCGUGUCAGCCUUCUCACUGGGCGGUUUGCUAGGAGCCCUGCUAGCAGGGCCUCUGGCAGUCUGCUUUGGUAGGAAGAACUCGCUGCUUCUGAACAAUUCCUUCCUGUUUGCUGGUGCUGUGAUUGUGCUAACGUGCAGGGUGGCGAAAUCAUUUGAGAUGAUCAUCUUUGCUCGCUUUCUGGUGGGGGUGAACUCAGGAGUCAGCAUGAACGUCCAGCCUAUGUACUUUGGGGAAAGCGCCCCCAAACACCUUCGAGGUGCUGUGGCUUUUUCUUCUGCUGUUUUCACUGCAUUUGGGAUCUUCUUGGGUCAGGUUGUGGGACUCACUGGGCUGCUGGGCACAGAGCCUCUUUGGCCCUACUUACUAGCUAGUAACGCUUUGCCGGGGUUGAUCCAGCUCCUUACCUUACCCUGGUUCCCCGAAAGCCCCAGAUACCUUCUCAUUGACCGGGGAGACCAGGAAGCAUGUGUCCGGGCGCUUGGAAGGCUUCGUGGUGGGGAGGCUCCUGUCUUGGAGAUGGAGGAGAUGCUUCAGGAGCAGCAGCAGCAAGAAUCCACAGCCUUAAAAUCUGGAUCUGCAGCUUCUGCCCAGACACCCUGUUCCCUGUUUAAGGAUCCUGACCUACGAUCCCAGCUCAGAACAGUCAUGGCUGCCAGUAGUGCUAUGAUGCUCUGCGGCAAUGACUCCAUCUACUUCUAUGCGUCCUACAUCUUUCUCAAAGCAGGGAUCCCUCCAGAGAAAAUCCAGUACGUCACCAUCGGCACGGGGGCAUCUGAGCUAACUGCUUCUAUACUGAGCAAUCUUCUGAUUGAACGUGUGGGCCGCAGGUACCUUCUCGUGGUAGGGUACAGUCUCAUGUCUUGCUGGUCUGUAGUCUUCACUGUAACUCUCACCCUCCAGAGCCGUGGGGUGGCUGGGAUGCCCUACCUCAGCAUGGCAUGUGUGUUCGCCUACAUCCUCAGCUUCGGUUUGGGCCCAGCAGGGGUGACGGGGAUCUUACCAGCUGAGAUCUUUGACCAGGCGGCUCGGCCGGCAGCGUACAUGGUCGCUGGCUCGCUUAUGUGGAUCAACCUGUUCUUGGUGGGAAUGCUGUUCCCCUUCAUCGUCAGCAGCCUGGGGAACUUCUGCUUCCUUCCGUUCUUGGCCGUGUGUUUGGUGUCCGCUGUGUUUUUGGGGCUCACCUUACCAGAGACUAAGGGUAAGACGCUGGCUGAGAUUACUGCAGAGUUUGAUCGAAUGAAUGGAGUGAAGGAGAGGCCAGACAUGCAGGUGGAUGAGCCCAUUAAGGAGCACUACCCCUGCUCCUUCACUACCCUAACGCAAGAUCCUGACCCUGACCAUAAGAAUGGGGACUGAAAUUUGGCAUCGUCCAGUACAAGUGGAAAUUAAACAGGCACUGCCUUUGUGGCCUCUUUAUGUGCUUUCAGUGUUAGAUAGAUUACUCCAUAGGUGAAUCCAAGGCGUUGUCAUCAGUGCCGAACAGUGAUGAUCUUUUGUCUACAAGAAGGCUCUCUCGUAGCAUAACUGUAAGCUGAUUAUGAAGUUGCCUUUCCGCAUGCUGCAUACAAAUGUCCACUUAAUCUCCAGUGACGGUAGAAUACUGGGAGGACUACUGUGCAACACUUUUAAAUCUGUCCCAUUUCCCUUUCAUUCAGUACACCCUGCUUAAUCAGAAAAAAAAGCAGUGUUUUUGGCAUUACCAUUAUCAGUUGAAGAGAAACAUUCCCAGAUCUUCAGAAAACAAUUCACUUUUAUUAACUCAAUCAGCUGUUUUUGCUUAUCGUUAUUCUAUUUAUUUAUUUUUUAUCAUAAACAUGACCUAAUGCCACAGUUUUGAUUAUUUUGAAUUACUGUACCUUUAUGGAUUUAAGAUAAGACUUUACUGAUCCCAGAGGCAGUCAAGUACAGCAGCGCAAGAAAGAGUCUGAAGAGGUGGUUAACAGAUAAAAAGCGUGUACUCUUCCUGACUGAAGCGUGGUUUAGCCCUUCAGUGUGAGACCUGUGCUAAGUUCACGUGUUAAACCCUAAUGUGUGGUUCCAAUAUCAAGGAAGCAGUCAAGGGGAUCAUUUUCCUCAAAUGUAGCCGCGUAACUCGAAUUCAUAUCCGCUCAAACUCUCUGAAGGUUUGACAAUAAUAGAGGUGUUUGCAGUGGAGUGGGUAAUCAUUUGUAUUGCAUGUAAGGAUUACCCACAAUAAUUCAACACCUCUGCACUGGAUAGAUAACAGUGCUUGUUUAU